UAAAAGCUCACAACUGUGAUCGGGACGCGAUACUUUCGAUCGCGAUCUAUAACACGAUCUCCGUAAAAUGCUGCUCGAUAUAGUUGUUGUUCAAAAUAUGUUAUGCCGCGCUUCCCGAUGGUUUUUUUUUCGUCAGUUGCCGCGCCCGCAAACAUCAUCGUUUUGGACGAUGAUUUUCUAAUUUUCACUCGAACGACGAUGAUCUCGCAACGAUAGUAAUAUCGAUUAUUAUCGUUGGUGCCUAUAGAUCCGUCAAAUAUCAUACUAUUUGGUAUUGGUAUAAUAAUAAUGUAAUACGACCACCAGCCAGCGGUGGCGGGGGUCGUGUAAGGGGUGGCGGUCACACGCCGAAGAGUCGCGGGCGCAAGCGCGAAAGGUCCGUCGUCGGGUGGCGGCACAGUCGUCGGUAGCGCUCUGUAUAUAGGUUAUAUGCGUACAGCGCGCGGGCGGUUGUGCGAUCGCGCGAUUCACGGACUACACGGGUAGGCAGGUACUCGGCAACGGUGGAGGAGAAGGGCAGCGAUUCGGCAAAAUAUUAGAUCGGCAACGAAGACGGGAAGAUAAUAUUAUUUUAUCAGAUAAAUCAUAGGGAAUACGGACAGUGYGGAUCGAUGGCGUUCGCAUAAGUAUACGCGAUAUAACUACAACAACAAUAUUUAAUUAUUCCCCAACGGGCGCAUUCCGCGUACAGUACCUACAAUAAUAACAAGGCAACGACAGUAAUACCAUUACACGUUAUGGCUUAUGCGUGACGAUCACAAUAACGACACGACAGCUGCGGAUAUCGUACAGCAGCGGACUUGGAUCGCUGGGUCGCUGGAUCACUGGAUCGUCGUCUUCGCCGCCGUCGAGAUGCAACCUCCUCCCAGGAAGGGAAAUUAUGUUAAGUUUUUGAAAAAUCUUCAUUCGGAACAAAUAGCAAAAUUACUUUUAAAAAACCAAAACGAAUGUGAUUUGUUGGARGACAUAAGAAGUUUUUUGAUCAAAAAAUCUUCUAUAGAGAAAUCAUAUUCCGAUGCAUUACUUAAAAUAUCUGUUGCUUUUUUGAACAAGAAAAUUGCAAAUAUACCUGACAUAAAGACUGAAGGCAGUGAAGAAAAAUGGAAUAUGUGGAAUGUAUGGCGAACAGUUCUUGAAGAAAACGAAACGGCUGCAAAAGCACGAUUAGAAGCUAUCGAAGUUUUACAAAAUCAAAUCAAUGACGAAGCGAAAGCUCUUCGAGCACAUAAACUUCAGAUUGCAAAAAAAUGUACAGAUCAUUUAGCAUUGGUACAAAAAGAGCUUCAUUCUUCCGUCCAAGAUGUAGAUAAAACGAAAAAGUUUUAUUUCGACGAAGAACAAAGCGCUCACGAAGUGAGAGACAAGGCUAAGGAUAUWGAAGAAAAGUUAAAGAAAAAGAAAGGUUCGUUCUUCCAGUCAAUCACUUCUUUACAAAAGAACAGUGUGAAAGUGUCUUCCAGGAGAGAAGUUUUGGAAGAGAAGUCUUCGGGAGCUAGGAACGAUUAUUUACUGAGUCUGGCAGCAGCAAAUGCUCAUCAGACACGAUACUUUUUGGUUGACCUUCAAAAUGUAAUGAAUACCAUGGAACACAAUGUUUAUGAAAAAGUACAAGAAUAUUUGGCGUUACUAAGUAAAAUCGAGCUUCUUACGUGUACUGUUGUUCAUAAUUCGUUUAAGAAAGUCAGAGACCAAGCGCAACAAUUGAGUCGAGAGUACAACAUGCAAUGUGUAUACCUCUUCUAUCCUGUGUUGAAGCAACAUGUUCAAUACCAAUUCGAACCUUGUGACGGUGACACUAUAGAUCACAUUACAGCAGAUCAUGGUGGAGUGGUGACUAUACUCAGCCAAGAAGCAAAAAGGUGGGCUACACGAAUAAUUAGAGAGACAAAUAACAUCAAAGAAAACACUAGAAAACUACAGGUCUUCCAAGCUCUCAGGGACUCUGGACAAAAGAAUGACCCAAAUGAUCCAAAUGGAGCUGAUUUGGAAACUAAAAUAGAAUCGUUGAAAAACAGCAUUCGGAGAUCUGAAAUAGCCAAAGCUAAAGCUGAAUCUCGUAUCGAGUGUUUGAGAAAUGGAGAUGGAAAUGUUAACGUAGAAGAAUGGCUAGCUGACAUGGGCGAUAUAAAUGCCGAACUUCAACGAUCAAAUAGUACAUCUUCAUUACCAAUUGAUGGAGGUACAACAAGUGCAAUGACUUCUGACUACGACAGUGAGGAUUACGGAGACGGACCUUCAGACAGUCCAGUACCUUCCGAUCAGCCACAGUCGUCAUCUCAAGAUGAAGAAGAUCGACCAGAUUCGGCGGAAAUUGAUAAAGAUUGGGCACUUGUGGAAAAAGAACGUCAACGUAUUGAACAAUUAACAGCUGGUUGGGACGAUCCGACUCAAGUAAAUUGGGAAGAAACCCGUGACACUGAAGAAAAAACUAUGUACCCCCAAACUGCUCUAGAAGAGCCUGAAGGACCUGUAUAUAAAUGUACUGCGUUAUACAGUUAUACUGGUCAACACCCUGAUGAGUUAAGCAUUGUUGAAAAUGAACAGCUUGAAGUGUUUAGCGUGGACAGUGAUAAUUACGGUUGGUCAAAAGCCAGAAAUUAUAAAGGUGAAGUAGGAUAUGUACCAUCUAAUUAUUUGGAUAUCGAACAAGAAACGUGUGAACCAGAAACACACGACACCCCUACCACCUACCAACUUAGAUCGCAGAUUAGCUUCUCCUCGGUAGACUAUAUGGUCAAUGACGAAGCAGCCAAUCAAUCACAGAACUGUCAGUCUGACGAAGACGUUGAAGCUGAAGAACAAUCAUCAGAAAAAAGCAUCACUACUGUGUGGGAAAAGAAAGACGGAGGUAUCAUAGAGGUUCCGUCGUAUUGUAUAGCCUUAUUUGAUUAUGACGGAAAUGAUCCAGAAGAACUAGGUAUGAAAGAAGGCCAAAUAAUUAAAGUGGUCGACAAGACUACACAUAUAGAUGAUGGGUGGUGGGUAGGUGAGUUGGGAAGCAAAAUGGGACAUUUCCCGUCGUGCCUAGUAAAAGAAUGUUACGAGAACGGUGAACUAGUACCUACACCAACAUCUGAAAAUGGAGAUAGUGAUUUUUCUAACGAAGAUCAUCCAGAGUUUGUAACAAGUGGUCCACCACCGCCGCCACCACCAAUAUUUACGCCACCCGAAUUACAUCCUACACAUUUGUUUCCAACUCAAGUGAUUGUCACCCAACCUACGCCAAUUGGUGAUCAUGGACCUCCUGGAAGUUUUGCUCCAGAAGUACCAUCCAAAUCAAAUGAAUUUUCAAUGGUCAUAACUCAAAAUCAACAAGAACAGUAUGACACUCAGUUUACGGAGGAAGGUAAUGAUACAGUACCGGUAAACGUGCCCGGUGUACCACAACUGUUUAUAGAAAACGAGGACGACUGUUCAGGACCUCCUAACGCUCCCCCACCACCAGCACCUGCGUCCGAUGGGUUGGGCGUCGCUCAAAUCGUAAUCACUGCUGCCACGCCAAUGAUGGAAGAACCGGAAAAGCCGUUUGGUCAAGAAUCGUCUACGGUUGAGACCGUAGCUGAAUCAGCUAGCGAGGAGGUCCAAUCGGAAUCAAAAUCGGAAGAGGAGCACCAUAUGAGCGUGGAUAGUGAUUACUUCCCGGCCACAAUACCGGAAGAAUCCGAAGAUGAUCUGAAGUUGCUUGAGACCGAUCAUCAUGCCGACACGGGUUUACCUUCGGAGCUCGAACCCGGACAGCUGGCCAAACUUCACGAUCUUAAAGAGUCAAACGCUUAGAUAGAUUUUUUCAUCGUCUUAUUAUUUAAUUUUCAAGGUCAACUAUAUAUACUAUAUUUAAGGCUCUACCUAUUAUAUAUUAAGACUAAGUAUUAUUGUUUAUGCCGUUAUUUCGAUCGGUAGGUAUUCAAACCUAUAACACUUGCGACUUGCUAUAUAAUAUUAUAAAAUAAAUGCUUACGUUAUGGUAUAUAUAUGGAACACAUAAAAACAAACUUAUGUGAUUGUAUGUUAUAGUGUUAUACGUUUCUAUUUUAGUAGUAAAAUGUUAACCAUCAAUAAUAUUAAAUUUCCUUAACACACGUAUCUUAAUAAAAGUAUUUAUAUAAAACCAGAAGCACGUUUUGAGACAAAAUUAAAGGUUGAUUUGUUCUUCGUAUUAUUAUUCUUGUUAAUAGUAUUAUUUUCAAUAGGGUAGAAAAUAAUAAUUAUGAAUCUAAUAAUUUUUAUAAGUGACAAACGUACCUAUUAUACUAUCAUAUGUGACAUUUAAAUAUUAAUAAAAAUGUAUUUUCUAUUCUCAGUUUACGUGUACCUGCACAUUGAUUCACCCCUAAUAAUAAAGAUUGUAUCACAUUAAUCCAUAGCUGAAACAUAAAUAGUUUGAAUUGGUAGUUGGGUAUUUCGACAUAUUGCGAAUUCACUUUGGUCUUAAGUAUAUAUAUAAUAUAUAUAUAUUUAUAUAUACGCCUACUAUUGACAUUCUAAAACGAAUAACGAUUGUGAAAAUAAAGUUUUUUAUCCAUACAGUUGUCUGCAAUAACUAGUUAUAUAAAUAAUGAYUAAUGGUUAUUUAAGAUGACUAUCUUAUAUAAUAAAAACUAUUGCAAUCGCAUAGGUAGUGAUCAACUGACGGCGAAUACAUUUAAAUGUAUAAUUACUAAUGAUUUAUAUGCUGAUUGACUGCAUUAUUUUAACAAAAGUAUUCAAUUARUUGUUUACGACCGUUCAUUAUUAUUCUAAACGGUUUAAACCAAAAAUUGAAAAAUCUUGCAGUUUUGAUUUUGAAAAUCAAUAAUCGAAAGUUAAAGAUAGUUAUAUUUAGAAACAUUUUGUAGAUCUGGGCAAGAGUAGUUUUUAGAAAUAUUUUCUCACGUAUUUAAAAAAAAUAAAAUUUGUUUUGAGCUAGUUUAAAUUUGAAAUUCUAGCCAUUAUCAUACUAUCUUAGACACGUAAACACGUCUUAGAUAGUUAGAUGAUUCGAUUAUUUGAUAUCUUAUAUCUUAUGCAUGGAGAUUGUGGUUUUAAAUUUUUCACAGUACCUACAUGUUUUACCAAUGCCUGUUUUUUAUUUUCUACAUAAUAUAUUAUUUAAUUUUCCUGUUGUUGUCACGCUUUUGAAAUGAGUUUCAAACUUUAAACAAACUACUAAAGCACGGGAGUUAUUGAUAAAUGAUAAACAUGUGUUAAAGAAUAUCCAUAAUUAUGCAAUAUUAGCAUAACAAAUUAUUAUGUGUUUUAAUUACUUAUACUACUAAAACACCGAAUUAUUGUUUAUUCAU